AUGGACGAACCGAGCGAGGAGCGAUCGGGGGAGCACGGCGGGGAUAAGAACGUGGAUGAUCCGUCCACGCUGCCGAUUCCCGAUAGGACGCAGGUCGGCGGAUCGCCGAUGUACGUGGUGGAGAGACGAUUGGGGAAAGGCGGAUUCGGUCAGGUUUACGUCGGACGGAGGUUAAAGCCGACGGACCCGGCGUGCACGACCGGGCCGAACGCGAAUCAGGUGGCGCUUAAGUUUGAACAUAGAUCGAGCAAAGGAUGCGAUUACGGACCGCCGUACGAGUGGAGUGUGUAUAACUCCUUGGGAGGGAUUCUGGGCGUGCCCAAGGUGCACUUCAAAGGAAGUCAAGGCGAUUACUACGUCAUGGUCAUGGAUCUCUUGGGGCCAUCGCUGUGGGAUAAGUGGAAUGCAAACGGUCAGAUCAUGUCGCAAGAGAUGGUGGCGUGCAUCGCCGUGGAGUCGCUGGCAAUCUUGGAGAACUUCCACAGCAAAGGUUUCGUCCACGGCGAUAUCAAACCCGAAAACUUUUUGCUCGGACCUCCUGGAACGCCCACGGAGAAGAAGUUGUACUUGGUUGACUUAGGUUUAGGAACGCGCUGGCGUGAUCCGAUCUGCGACCAACACACGGAGUACGACCAACGUCCAGAUGUUUUUCGGGGCACGGUUCGUUACGCCUCGGUGCACGCGCAUCUCGGUAGAACGGCGUCUCGCAGAGACGACUUGGAGUCGCUUGCUUAUACUUUAUUGUUCCUUCUCAAGGGUCGCUUGCCGUGGCAAGGUUACCAGGGCGAUAACAAGGGCUUCCUCGUGUGUAAAAAGAAGAUGGCGACGAGUCCCGAAGCUCUGUGUCGUUACACGCCGAGCGCGUUCAGGCAGUUUAUGGAGUCGGUAAUCAACCUGAAGUUUGACGAGGAGCCGAAGUACGGGGCCAUGGCCGCUUUAUUCGAGCCCUUGUGCGGUGCCGUCGCAAGGCGACCCAUCUCCACCGAGGGCGCGAAGAAGGUUGGCAUGAAGCGUAAGGUCUCAGACAUGCAGUUUGACACGGAUGACAAGGACCGUCUGAAGAAAAAGGUUCGCGUCGGCCUCCCAGCUCAGCAGUGGAUCACGAUUUAUAACGCCCACAGACCGAUGAAGCAACGAUACCACUACAACGUGGCGAAUUCGCGCAUCGCACAGCACGUUGACAAGGGUAACGACGAUGGUUUAUUCAUCUCCAGCGUCUCGUGCGCAUCCGAACUCUGGGCGCUCAUCAUGGACGCCGGCACCGGCUUCAGUGCUCAAAUUUGGAAUCUAUCCGCGCAGUUCUUGCCGAAAGACUGGAUUCUCGAGCAAUGGGAUGAUGGUUAUUACAUCACCGCGCUCGCCGGCUCUUGCCACGGCCAAGCCACCGUCGUCAUGUCGAAAGGCUCGACGUACACGCAGCAAUCGUACAAGGUGAGCGACUCGUUCCCGUUCAAGUGGAUCAACAAGAAGUGGAAAGAGGGCUUUUACGUCACCUCCAUGGCGACGUGUGGCGCGAGAUGGGCCGUUGUCAUGUCUCGAAACGCCGGUUACAUCAACCAGUGCGUUGAGCUCGACUUCAUGUACCCCUCCGAGGGCAUCCAUCGUCGCUGGAACACCGGGUACCGCAUCACGUGCUGCGCCGCCACUUCGGACCAGGCUGCCUUCGUCCUCUCCAUCCCACGUCGCCGUCCCGGCGACGAGACGCAAGAAACACUGCGCACGUCUGCGUUCCCGUCCACACACGUCAAAGAAAAGUGGGCGAAGAACCUCUACAUCAGCGCCGUCGCCUUCGGUCGCACCGUCUCCUGA